UACACACGAUGUUCGAAUUAGUGCUUUUGCGCGACUUUGUUGUUCAAUGCCAGUUCAGUUUAUUCUCAGGACUAGUGUGGGGAUUGAUUAUCGGUUGAUCUUGUUCAGUCUGCUAGGGGUAACGGCCCUAGCCUCGACUGGACCCGGCCUGGAAAACGACUUCGACGACAACCUCUGCGGUCGCCAGCUUGCACUGGUUGGCGGAUUGAUCAAGGAAGGCUAUAAGUCGCGACCCGGAGAGUUCCCGUGGCAUGUGGCUCUGUUUCAUCGGGUCGGAUCGAGCGAUAAUUUCAACUAUCAGUGUGGGGGAACGCUUGUCCACAAGUAUCUCGUGGUCACUGCGGCCCACUGUGUCACGCAACAGGGAAGUCGAAAGCGUAAGCUACCGGCGGAUGUUUUGGUAAAGGUCGGCCGUUUUAACAUCUCGGAAGAACCCGAAGAUCAAGGACGGGACCAUGAGGUAGAUAAAAUAGUAAUCCACCGAGGCUACAUGCCACUGACCUAUGAGAACGAUUUGGCGAUUAUAAAACUGGCGGUUCCGGCAAUCUUCACGCCGUACGUUCAACCGGCUUGCCUGUGGAAACGGGACGAUGGUAGACCACUGCCGAAUUGGGACAGACAGCCCGGCACCGUCGUUGGAUGGGGAUUGACAGAUAGUAACAAAAUAGCGACAACAUUGAAUACGGCCCAUAUGCCGGUGGUGGAUGUGCACGAGUGUUUGAAAAGCGAUCGCACCUUUUUCGGUCGCCUCAUCUAUUUCAAGUCGUUCUGUGCCGGCUACAAAAAUGGUACCGGGGUGUGCAAUGGUGAUAGCGGUGGAGGCAUGUUCUUUACAGUAAAUGAUCAGUGGUGCCUGCGGGGUGUAGUUUCUUUUAGUAACACACUGGAUUCGAAGGCGAUUUGCAAUCUGAAACAGUACGUGGGUUUCACCGAUGCUGGACAGUAUCUGGAAUGGAUCUACGAGAACGCGCCCAUCAACGAGAAUAGUGAUCUGAUCCUCGGACAUCCAAGCAUUCGCCUUAUCAACCAGGGUGAUUGCGGAAAGAAUCAGCACAUUUUCGGUUAUCGGGAGGAGAAAAAAGAAGGUAAGAGAGAAGCGACGAGGUGUUGGUAACUCUGGGAGAUUACAUCACCGGUCAGGCGAGGGAAUGUGCCCAACGAAAUGGUGACUGUAGUUUUUGUACGGGUUCGGUGCAGACCAUCGCGAUCGCCGAGUAUGUCCGAAAGGAUCCACUCAUUUUGGCAAGAUUGUCGUAUCCUGCUGCCAUUGGGCAAAGGGAGCACAUCGAGGCGAUCUGUCUUCCCACUACACCAGAACAACGCGAUCGUCUGUAUACAAAGUAUGUUCUAACCGGGUGGAAGUAGACCGGCAACGAUUCCAAUUAUAUGCAGCGAGUGGUAGUCGACUCGAUACCUCUCGUCACGACAGUGGAAUUCCUGAAGAGCAUCAACGAUGCGGUAAUCUGCGUGCGAAACUCGUUCAACCCCAAUCAUGAUCAAGGAUUGUGAUCUCGAGUGUGAGGAUUACAAAUCAGGUACAGCUAUCCAAGCCGUCGAGAAGAAAUUCAACAGAUACUAUCUGUAUGGAGUGCAACGGUUUACUUCCGAUUGUACGCUUCCGGAGCUAUUCAUUGCGGUGACGAAAUACAUGGAGUGGAUACUGGAUAAUAUGAAACCUUAGGU